GAUCAGUGUGCGCUAAUUAAUUCGUACAGAUGACAAGAAUGAACCGUUUGCAUUGAAAAUAUUUUACUUUUUCGUUAAGUGUUUGUUUAAACAAACAUGCAAAUGCUUUAAUUCUUUGUUAGGUCUGCACAGGAAGGAUCAUUAAUGUGAAGAGCGUUUAGCAGCAUCUGGCGGCCACUGAUUGCGCCUCGGCGGACUGCUGAGCAGCACUUGGCCUUCUUCAGAGGUGAAGGUGACUCGCCUCCAUUGAGGAGGAGAUGCAGAGACCGAGCCGCCAGCCCACCUCGCCGCCGCCUCCUCUAAACUGAGCGUCAGCCGACCCGUCCAAGAGCAAAGCGCAUGGUUCCGUCUGCCUUUGAUGGGAAAGAAAUAACAGCUUUGGCGCAGAACGAAUACAGUGCGUGAUUUUUUCCCCUGUCUGGGUGGGUUUUCAUCGUGGAUGCGUAUGCAUGUGUUCUGCACCGAACGGGCGAAAAAGCCGCCCCAGAACCGCCGCAAACAUUUUUCAGAUCGGGAAGGCUUCUCCGAGAGACCCGGAGAGGCGAGAGAGUACCGAGAGCACUCGCAAAGCACAGCGAGCCGUGGACGACUGCAGGAUGACUGUGCAGGAGUUCAACACUCUCGUGGCGCUGUAUCGUGAGCAGGUCAUCUCAAUCGGUGAGAUCUCGGCAGACUGUCCGUCUCUGCGCUCCCAGAUGCAAAAGACUCGCGUCAAAGGAUGCAACGUGGCCCGCACGGCAUAUCAAAACCUCACUGUCAUUUCAGGCCCAGAGGAUGGGGAGAUACAGCCGGAGAUCUGCCGGCUCUUCAUCCAGCUGCAGUGCUGCCUGGAGAUGUACAUCACGGAGAUGCUCAAGUCCAUGUGUCUUCUGGGGGUCCUGCAGAUCCACCGCAAAGGGAAUGAGCCUUGUCCAGAACCAAAUGUGGACUGCAAGAUGGAUGAGAGCUCUGACGUUCCUAUCCUGGAAGACCGCUCUUCUUCCCCGGUCGACUUCCCACAUGACGCAUGGAUGGUGUGCACAGACAUCGAGAACAUUGAAAGGGACAUAAGAGAGAUGAGGAAUCUUCUCAGCAAACUCAGGGACACCAUGCCUUUGCCAUUGAAAAAUCAAGAUGACAGUAGUCUGCUGAAUCUCACCCCGUUCCCACUCGUGAGGCAGAGGAAGAGGCGCUUCUCUGGGCUCUGCUGUCUUUCUAUCUGUUGUCCAUCAGUCUCCGGCAUAUCCAUGGAUCACUUCAGCUGGCUCCUGUUCCUGUUCUGUGGUCUGGCCAGUGUCCCACUCAUCUCUGGCUGCUACUGUGACAACUACCCCUGGACCUCCUGGACGUCCUGUUCACAAACCUGCAACCACGGCACACAGAGUAGACGCAGGUUGAUGCGUCAGGAUGAGUACUAUUGGGAAAAUAACUGUAACAACAUGUGUGUAGCCCACGAAAACCGAGCGUGUAAUGUCGAGGCGUGUCCAAUCAAUUGUCAGCUGACAUCGUAUGGUCCAUGGUCUGAGUGCUCCCCAUGUGCCAAAAAGCAGUUCCGGAUACGGUCGGUGGAGACCCCAGCUCAGUUUGGGGGAGUGGACUGCACAGAGCCCCUGAUGGAGGAGAGACCCUGCCACUCCCCAAAGGAAUGCAGGAUAGAGGCAAUCAACUGCAAAGACCUGUUCAAGUGUAACAGUGGCAGAUGCAUUGACCCCAGCCUGGAGUGUAACGAGCAGAAUGACUGUGGGGAUAACUCGGAUGAGCAGAACUGUGGCCAGCUGAACCCGGUGUGCAAGAGCAAACGGAGACACACUGCCAUCCCAGGAGCUGAGCUCACCGGAAAUGGGUUUGACAUCAUGGCUGAGGAGAUGCGGGGCACAGUCUUGGACAGUUCCUUCCUGGGAGCGGACUGCACGUUGAAUCGGAGCAAAGAGAAUAGGGUCGUGUACCGCGUCCCGGCAAAUAUCGAGAGUUAUGACCUCAAGGUGGAGUAUCUGGAAGAUUUCAAAAAUGAGGAUAGCGUGGAAAUUCAGAGCAAGCCAUAUUCCCUGAUAGAUGAGAUAUCUUCAGGUCCUCAGGUCCAAGAAUCUGGCGGCGGCUUCAACUUCUACUUAUUCGGCCGCUCAAGUAGUCACCACUCUAGCCGGGACUCCGCCACCAAGACUACAAUAAAGGCAUCUCAGAAGAAGGACUCCAAGUUCUUCCGCGUCCACCAGGUUCUGGCCACGUCCACCUUUAAGAUGAAAGAGUCAGACCUGUACCUCUCCGACCCCUUCCUGAAAUUCCUCCACCAUUUGCCCCUGGAGUACAACUACCCCCUCUACAGGGAGGUGUUCCAGCAGUUUGGUACCCACUACUUCUCAGCGGGAACCCUGGGUGGACUCUAUGAUAUCCUGUACCAGUACAACCGAGAAGAGCUCAAGAACUCAGGUCUGAAGGAUGAGCAUGUGAAUUCCUGUAUCCGACAGGAGUCCUCCUUUUUUAUCCUCUUCUUCCGUAAAAGCUCAUCAUCUUUUAGCUGUGGCACAAAUAAGAUGACAGAGAAACAUGAAGGUUCCUUCUUUAAGUCGUCCGAGCGGUCCAUCUCCAGGGUGAAGGGAGGUCGGUCAGCAGAGACUGCAGCUCUGGCCUGGGAGAAGGACCGCGUGGCCCCAGACAGCACCACCUUCACCAACUGGCUCAAGUCCACCAUAGACAACCCGGCUGUAGUAGAAUAUGAGCUGGCGCCAUUAAUAAACCUUGUGCGAGGCUUCCCAUGUGCGGUCACUAAGAGGAGGCACAUGGUGACCGCUCUAGAGGACUACCUGCAGGAGUUUGACUCCUGUAAGUGUGCCCCCUGCCCAAAUAAUGCCCGCCCCGUGCUCUCGGGCACUGAGUGCCUGUGCGUGUGCCAAACGGGCACCUACGGCUCCAACUGUGAGACAAGGGCCCCAGACUACACCUCAGAGGCUGUGGAUGGGCGCUGGAGCUGCUGGAGUGCCUGGAGCCCCUGUGAUGUCAAUCUGAAGAAGCACCGCAGCCGGAGGUGCAACAACCCUGCACCCAUGAGGGGCGGCAAAGUCUGCCAGGGGCCCAGCAGGCAGACUGAAGAGUGCCCUAUCUCCAUCUUCGAAAAGCAAAACGUUUGCAUAAACGAUGAUGAUUUUGUGAUCGAGGGGGAUCAGAAAGAGGUGUCCCCUGAGUCCGGCUGCCCCAAACCAAAGCCCCCAGCCAACAGUCACCUCAGGAUCAACAAACGGCAGUAUGACUUUGGCGAGCACGAAGAAUUUCUGUGCUUGACUGGCUUCGAGCUGGAGGGAUACCAAUACAUCCACUGCCUGCCUGACGGCACAUGGAAGCCUGCUACAGGCCAGUGCAUCAAGAAGGUCUGUGCCAAGCCCUCUCUCCCAGCUGAGAUGACCAUGUUCCCGGCGAAAGCUGAGUAUGCGGUCGGGGAGAGCUUUGGCGUGGCCUGUACUGCCCCCGGCCAGAGUCCCUCUGGGUCGCGCUAUUACACCUGUACGAGGAGCCUGAGCUGGGAGCCACUCAUCCCUGAGGAGAUCCAGUGCCAGGAGGAUAAGCCAUUUGUGCCCGACAGCAACUGUCCCAGGGGAGAGAAACAGGACGGCUCCGGUAAAUGUGUGUGCAUCCCGCGGGAGGAGUGCCGCUCAUACAAGAAGGAUUUCUGUGUCCUGGAUGCGGCAGCGGACACCUUCUCCAUGAUGUCUUUCUGCGGCUUCCACUCGGGGCGUUGCCAUGGGGACCGGCUCUUCUUGGCAAGCGACGGACCGUGCCCGAGCGACUCAUCCAGCCAGGACUGGGCCCGCUACCGUGCACAAAUGUCUGACCAGAGCGCCGUCCAGCAGGCCUGUGGCUCGGACACCUGUUAUGACUGGGAGACCUGUUCCUCAGAUAAGUGUGGGUGUAAGUUCCCGCGUGACUGCGCUAAGGACGCCCCGGGGGCAUACUGUGUGAGGAUGCUGAGGACCAAGAGCCAGAGGAGCACGAGUGUGUGUGCCACGGCCUCCAUGAAGUGCCUACGGAUGGAGAUGGAGAUUCUGAAGGAGGGCCCAUGUGAUGAUGCAUGAGUCUGAACAAGUGUCCAACAAGGGUCCAUGGUGUUUUAGUUUUUUUUUUUUUUUCACAUAUGACAUAAUGCUCCAGAUAAUUUAGAAAGGCCUUGUGUGUGAACACUUUCAUAUUCAGAUACAUAAACAAAGCUUUUUUAUUUUUUAUUUAAAAAGCACAUUUUGCAUUAAGCCACAUACACAUCAUCUGUGUAAAAAUACACCCUCAUUUUGAGAUUGAGAUAAAACUGUUAUAAUAUAAAAAUGUUAUACCUCUUUUUACUCAACGUUACCAGGGGCGCUGAUAAAUGUGGAGGGCACUGUAUGUCUAUUGUUGCCACUAGAAUGUUUUGUGGAUGAUAGUAAUGCAUGUGUAUUUCUGAUGCAAUUGUACAAUUGUUCAAUGAAAUUUAUUAAAAAUGUUUUCUUCUUUGCAUAAACUUUAAAAAUAUA